AUGGCCCUCCCAGUACUUCGCACCUUGACAGACUGUGCCAACUUCAAUUCUACCGUGGCGCCUUACCUCUCCCAAUUAUGUCCUCUUCCGGUUGUCUUUGUCGAGGCAUUCACCAGCCCUGUGGCACUGAAGCAACUGUACCUCGACACAAAUCCUCUGAUCACAGCAGUCGCCUUCUCGCUCGCCAUCGCCCCUGUCUUCCUGCUCAUCUCCGAGAUCAACAAGAAUUACUCCCAGGUCGAUAGAGUAUGGUCGAUUUUACCAACCAUUUACAACGUUCACUUCGCCGCAUAUGCUCACCUCGCUGGGAUUAAAACUACAAGACUUGACAUUGUUGCCGCCAUAAGCACUAUCUGGAGUACACGCCUGACAUACAACUAUUUCCGUAAGGGUGGCUAUUCCAUCGGGAGUGAAGAUUACCGCUGGGCCAUUGUGAAGGAGCGUGUUGGCCCUUCGGUGUUCUUUGUCUUCAACAUCGUCUUCAUUUCGCUUUAUCAAUCACUCCUCCUUCUCAGCGUCACCACGCCGACCUAUGUCCUUCUCCUUACCCAGCGGCUGGCUACGCAUAGCUCAAAGAUGCCCUCUGUGGACUGGGAGGAUUUACUGGCGGGCACAAUGAUGCUCUGCUGCAUAGGCAUUGCGUUUGUGGCAGAUCAACAACAAUGGAACUACCAUUCGGCCAAGGCUGCUUACCAGAAGCAAGCAAAAGUUCCAGCGGGCUGGGAAAGAGCAGACUUGGACCGUGGCUUCCUGACCAAAGGGUUAUUCGCCUAUUCCAGACAUCCGAAUUUCGCCGGCGAGCAAGGCGUCUGGGUAACUCUUUACCUGUGGUCUUGCCUCGUCACGAAGACCUGGUACAACUGGACCGGCACUGGCGCAGCGCUCUAUUUGAUCCUAUUCCAGGGAAGUACAUGGCUGACCGAGCUUUUGUCCGCUAAGAAAUAUCCAGAGUACAAGAUCUAUCAGCAGAAAGUUGCGAAGUUCUUGCCUCUGCCGGGGUCAACGCCGGCCUCGUUCACACCCAAGCAAGCCCUUCCGGCCGAAGGCUCCAUUCCAAUGGAUAGUGAAGCAAUGAAAGCAAGCCAGAGACGUGAUCUACGCUAA